AUGCCUCCAAAGUCCAAACCCACAGAUCGGGCCGCUGCAAAGCAUGAGUCUUCCCAGCGGAAAAUUCGCCAGAAGGCCGCGCCGAAACAACCUCUCUCCGUCGCAGAUAGGCUAAAACGACUCUUCACCUCCCUCUGCGCUCAGAUCGACGGCGGACACUUCGCGAAUGCGAUCAAGACCUGCGACAAGAUCCUGCGACUGGAGCCGAGCGAUCAUGAUGCCCUCCAGACGAAGCUCUUCCUCCUUCUGCAAACCGACCAGUAUGCUGCCGCUCUAGCAAUGACUUUGCCGAAAGAGGACACACAAGACGUUCAUGACCGUGCAUUCGAGCACUCGUACUCUCUGUACAGACUCCAUCGCGAAGCCGAGGCCACGACGGUGUUGCAGAAAGUCAAGGAGAAGGGCGUGGAUGAGGGGGCAGAUAGAGGAGUACUGCAUCUCGAGGCUCAAUUGGCGUAUCGUCAAGCCAAGUACGAUGAGGCCGCGGAACUUUACAACCAGCUUCUGGACACUGCUGAACCUAACUCGGAAGAGCACUCCGACAUCCUCACCAACCUCGAAGCCGCGCAGAAGCACCUCGAUUUUCAGACGUCUGGCUUCCUCCGUGCCCUUGACACCGCGCUCCCACCUACUGCGGCCGCGGCUCUACAAACAGCGCCACCACCCCAACAAACGCAGCAACAGCUGGCCUCUGUGUCCGCACUAGCAGACGCGUCUAAUGCUCCAGCCCCGAAGGAAAAGGCAAAGAAGGUGCGCAUGAAGCGCGUGCCCAAUGGUGUCGUCCCUGGAGUCACUCCGCCGCCCGAUCCUGAGCGUUGGCUCAAGAGGAGUGAGCGUACGUCCUUUGCUCAGGGACGCCGGAGAAGGGGUGGUGGUGGUGCGACGCAAGGAGCGAUGGAACCUGCAGGGGGAAAUUCUGGCGGAAAGGGCUCUGGAGGCGGGGGCAAGGGGAAGAGGAGAAAGUGA